CGCCCUCACGCUUUAUGUCCCACCCGGACUACGUACCAUCGGUUUUCAAGCACACGCCUCAAGACCGGCAGAUGCAAGUAGCCAAGCCGGCAGCUGUGCUGCCAGAUCAGCUGUUGGACAGGGGACUCCACCGAGCAUCGCAUCAAGACAGAAUGCAACACCACAGGAUCAUCAACCAGUUGCCAGGGCAUCUACACCACCUCUCGAUCAAGGAACACCAUUAAGUGGAGCAGCAAGUGCAAUGUCAUUAGGUUGUACGACCUGUGAAGAUAGUGCGGAAAUGUAUAACAUACCAGCUGAAAAUGAAAAGAGCUACCAGGCUAAUGAUUUCUCUCUAGACCACAUUAUACUGCUUGAAAGCCAAUUGAAUGCAGAAAGAAAGAAGGUGCAAAAGUUAGAAUUACAGCUAAAAGCUGCUGAGGAACAAACAGUUCAAUGGCAGGCACAUUACUAUGAGCUGAAGGCUACAACACUGUGCCUUGAUAACAUGAAAGGUGCUGAGGAUACAUUAUAUUACACAGGACUGCCUUCUGUGCAAGUGUUUAUUGAUAUACUAAAUUUAGUUCUGAACAAUAACCCUCGGUUUGCAAUAGACAUAAAGAGCAGGUCACUUAGUGCUGCCGAGCAGAUGUAUGCAGUACUGGUUCGCUUAAGAACAGGUAUGGCUACACAAGAGAUUGCUCGUAACUUUUCAAUUUCAGUGCCGUCAUUCAGCCGUAUAUUUUCAGAAUGGGUACUUAUAUUGCAGAAGGUUCUCACUGACAUAACUAGCUUUCCCACACUUCCUGAAGUGCAACAACACAUGCCACCUCAUUUUAGACGGUACCCAAAUACACGUAUAAUACUUGACACGACAGAAAUCUGUAUACAAAAGCCCUCAAGCUUAACUGCCCAGAGACGAACUUUCUCCCAUUAUAAGUUUGCAAACACAAUGAAAUGUGUUGUAGGCGCAACACCAGACUGCUAUGUUAGCGUUGUGUCACCAUUAUAUGGGGGAGGAACGAGUGACAGAGCUAUUGUGCAACAGUCUGGAGUACUUGAUCUAUUCGAAGCCGGAGAUGGGAUCAUGGUUGAUAAAGAAUUCAACGUAGAUGACCUUCUGCCACGUGGUUUUGUCCUUCAUACGCCCCCAUUUCGCAUUCCUGGAGAAGCGCAGAUGAGCGCAAAAGAUGUCGAAGCCACAAAACAUGUUGCAAGUGCACGGGUGCACAUUGAAAGGGUCAUAAGAAGAAUCAAGGAGUUCCAUUUAUUGGACAGACCCUUACCUAUUAACAUGUUAGACAUAGCAGACGCAAUUUUCACAAAAUGUGCUUUGCUCUCAAACUUUAGACGACCACUAAUAAAUAAUGUGAGGGAAGUGGAGACAGACACCAUAUAAUAGAACGAGAAAUCAUGCGGUACAUUUAUUCAGAGCAAUUAAAUGGGGUCACAAUGCACCAAAGUUUUAUUAUGCAAAGGAACAAUGUACCACAAAGCAUGUAGCACAUUGUCAUAAAAUAAAGGGAACUUUCGCAUUUGGAUUCAACAAUUCUUACCUUGAAAUGGGACACUAACACACCUUUGCAAUGUGGGUAUUUCAGCCUAUA